UCCUCGCCGUCGCUGCAUCGUAGCUGAACCGUUCUUCGGCAACGGCGAUGCGCUGCCGGCUUCUGCUCGCGACUUUUGCGACGCUCUGUCUCGCUUCCCUGCUCAACCCCGAUGCGGUCAGCGCAGCCAACGUCUUCUCGUCGGUGGUACACAUGAAGGAGCUGAUGUCCCUAGAGCAAAGGCUCGUUUCCAAAGUCGACGACUUCCUACACCGCAUGGAAACGAAGCUGGAUCACCUGCGCAGCUUUCUGAACGACUACUAUGAGAUGAAGGCGUUAAAAGACCGGCAGUUGACAUCCUCUUCGGCCAAGCAUCAGAACAACAGCCGCACGGCCAGCCACAUCGACGCGUACACUACCACAAAGCGCUUGUCGGUCGAGUGGAAUGAGAUCGUGCACCACUUCAGGGUGCCCGACUGGAUGGAGAUCGAGAAGCUGAUGCUGGAGUCGAACGACACGCUCCCGCGUCCGAGCGACCUGCUGGACGCCGGCGAGGCGCUCAUCCUGCUCCAGAAGACGUACCAUCUCAACCUCACCGACAUGACCAAGGGAGUCAUCAUGGGACACAAAGCGACGGCGCAGUUGACAGCCAGAGACUGUCUGUACUUCGGCCAGCUGCUGUACAGCAAGUCUGACUUCGAGGACGCCAUCAAGUGGUUCGAAGAGGCACUCGCAAGGCUGAGCCUCGAGAAGCAGCCCUCCAUCACGCCAGAGACGGUGCAUUAUUACCUCGCCAGCAGUGUCGAGAAGCUGGAGGAACAACAGCGGCCGCAGGAAGAACAGCUGCCCAGCAUGGUCCUGCCGAAGGAGCCCAGCGUUGAUAUGCCGUUAGCCGAAGGAUACCUAGAGGCGUACAACGACCUCUGCCGCGGAGAAAAACUCCGGAAUGCUACGGAAGAGAAGGACCUGCGCUGUUACCUGAGGGUUCCGCACCCGUACUUCCGAAUUGGCCCGGUUAAAAUGGAGGUCAUGAGCCUAGACCCUUACAUCGUCCAAUUCUACGACGUCAUCUGGUCAAAGGAGAUACAAGCAAUCCGCAGCAUUGGAGAGCCCACACUGGCCCGUGCCACAGUCCUCGAGUGGACCGAAAGAAAGGUGGACCCCGGCCGCAUCAGUCAUGUGGCGUGGAUAACUCCAGACACCGACCCGCUGCUGGAAAGGGUCAACCAACGGGUGUCCAUGCUCACCGGACUGUCCACAGACUACGAGCGCGGAGACUCCGAGAUAAUACAGUACAACGCCUACGGACCUGGGGGUCACUACGAAACGCACCACGACUACCUGCUGCAAGGACUCACAGAGGAGGAGCUGGAACAAUUAGACGUAGCGGAUAAGGAGUCCGGAGACCGUAUCGCCACCUUCAUGUUCUACCUUUCGGACGUGAGUUUGGGAGGUGCGACUGCGUUCCCAUACGCCAAGGCGGCUGUCCCUCCGCGAAAGGGCUCGGCUGCCUUCUGGUACAACAUGCGUGACGACGGCAGCUACGACUUUCGCACCUUGCACGGCGGAUGCUCCGUGCUACAUGGCACAAAACACGUCGCGAACGUGUGGAUUCGAUCCAAUGCCCAGAUGUUCAACCGACCAUGCCUGGCGAAGAAGAGAAGACGAAAGCCCGUUGCUCUGAACCUGCGUACUUUAUUUCUUGGUCCUGCUGCUUACAUUCUUCUUGUUGUGUCUUUCUCUUUUGCUAUCUUUUUUUCAAUGGGAACGACAGGUCGUCCCUCUUCGCCGAAAAACAGCCCCUCUUUCUGGUGGAACGGCGCCCGCCUGACCCGCCACCUCUGCCUGCACCCGGUGUGCACGCUACUCUCGCACCGGUUGUGCUCGGCGCACGCCGAGGCCCGAAAGAUGGCGAUCACGCUGGGUCCCGGACUGAGCAGCUGCAUGGACCCGCGGCGCAACCCCAUGGACCUGGUCAACUCGAGCAGGCUAGGUGACUAUUUCUACCCACCUCCACCUUUUUGA